AUGCAAUCUUUUAUUCAGUAUCGCAAGUUCCGCACGCACCUGAAGAUGCAAUACGAGAGAGACCGCGAAAAGACGGCGGCAUUAGCACAGCAACAAUCGCAGCGCAGACACGAUGACCAUCUCCGCCGAGUAACCUCGACGCCCUCAUCCUCAGAUACGUUCGAUAGUAAGCCAUCGUCAUCCGCAGACGGCCGCCGCGACCUCGAAAGGGGCGAAGGGGGAGCUCCAUCAUUGGUCCAAGAAGAACAGCCGGAUGCAGCACCCACAGCAGAUGCAGAGCAGCUUGACCACCACGCUGCCGCCACCACCGAGGAGCCAGCAGAAAGGACGCCCUCGCCCAGACCCCCCUCCACAACAUCCCGGGCCCUCCAACCCGUCGGCACGGCGUUGGGACACGCGUUGACCGGCGUGAGCGUGCGCUCGCGGACGUCCAGCCAGCAUCCGGGAGGAAAGAUAUUCAUCGUUGGCUACGAGGGCGCCCACGAUCCGCUUAACCCACACAAUUGGGCGUACGGCACGCGCGUGUUCGCGACCUUUUUGGUGGCCGGGAUUGGCUUCGUGGUCGGGGUGGCGAGCAGUAUCGAUGCGGAGGCGUUGAGGCCGGCGGCGAAGGAAUUUGGGGUGAGUGAGGUGGUGGAGAGUUUGGCGACGGGAUUAUAUCUCAUCGGCUUUGGCGCCGGCGCGCUCUUCGCCGGCCCUUUCUCUGAGACAUUGGGGAGAAAUCCCGUGUACAUUGUAACAAUGACGCUCUACAUGGUUUUCAUCAUGGCGUCCGGACUGGCACCCAACAUUGGGGCGCAGCUGGCCUUUAGGUUCUUGGCAGGCUUAUUCGGCAGCACGCCGUUGACGUGCGCCGGAGGAUCGCUUUCUGACCUGUGGAACCCAAUGGAGAGGGUCUUCGCGUUUCCGGUGUUUGCCAAUGCCGCGUUUACGGGCCCUGUGCUGGGCCCCGUCAUGGGCGGCUUCAUCGCGCAGAGCAGUGCCGUGUCCUGGCGUUGGGUCGAGUGGACGACACUCAUCAUGUCCGGCCUUGUGCUCGGUGCCGUCGUCCUUUUUCAGCCAGAGACAUAUCCCCCGGUGCUUCUCCGCUGGAAAGCACAGCACCUCCGUCGCAUCACUGGAGAUGAGCGCUACGUCGCCGAGGUCGAGCUGAUGGGUGCUACUUUCGGCGAGCGUAUCAAACGGGCCCUGUAUCGCCCGUUUCUGUUGACUUUGUCUGAGCCCAUCAUCAUCCUCGUGGCGCUCUACUUGACUGUCAUCUACAUCGUGCUCUUUACCUUUCUGGACGGGUACGACUUCAUCUUUGGUGAGGUCUACGGCGUCAGCCAAGGCAUCACGGGGCUUUGCUUCUUGGGCAUCGCUGUCGGCCUCUUCGGAGCAUCAGCGCUCGUACCAAUCAUCUACAAGUGGGCGAAGCGUGACUUGAAGAAGAUUCAGGAGGAGGGCAGAGGCGACAGACUGCCUCCGGAGUUCAGGUUGUGGUUCUCGAUGCUCGGCGGAAGCUUCGCGAUCCCAAUAAGCCUGUUCUGGCUGGGCUGGACUUCGUAUCCAUCCAUCAGCAUCUGGAGCCCCUUGGCGGCGACCGUGCUGUUUGGAUACGGCAUCUUGUGCGUCUUCAUCUCCUGCUACCAAUACAUCAUCGACUCGUACGAGGUUUAUGCUGCAUCGGCACUCGCAUCGGUCACAUUGAUCAGAUAUGUCGCGGCUGGCGGCAUGGUAGUCGUGGGCAUACCGUUCUAUGAAAAUGUCGGAGUGCACUGGACUUGCACCAUCCUUGGCUGCAUUAGUCUCCUGUUGGCCCCUGUGCCAUACAUGUUUUACAUGUACGGAAGUAGGAUUCGAAGCAAGAGCAAAUUUGCGGGGAAAGUCCAACAGUAG